AUGCGUUCACUUUUACUUAUACUUCUUCUUGUUGGUAGUGCACAUGGUUUAUUCAGUGGAACUUUUUCUAAUGCACUCAGUACUCUUACUAAUGCAGUCUCAACAGUUACAGGUCAUGUUACUAAUGCAGUCACAGGUGUUGGUAAUGUAGUUACCGGUUUAGUGGGUGGUGUCACAAAUGCAGGUGCUACUGUUCUUGGUAAUGUAGUCGAUGCUGCUGGUAAUAUUCAUGGGCAAUUAGUAAGCACUGCUAAUGGUAUGCAAUUUAUGGGUAAUUUCCUUUGGGAUAAUGUAAUGGGUCCAGCUUAUGACAUGAUGAUUGAAGGUGGUCAAUUAUUUCUUGAUGAGCAAUUCGGAAACCUUGUUAGUAGUAUUGGACGUCGUUCAGUAGUACCAGAAAAUGUUCUUUCAGCAAAAUAUACUGAAUUAACAGCUAUUUUCAAAACAAAAAUUCAUGAUUUAUUUCAAAAUUUAAUUCAAAUGGAAAAAGAUUCUUUGAUUGCAUUACAAAACGGUGAAAAAACAUUAGAAGAUAAUAUUCAUGCAUUCAUUAAUCGAAUGAAUGAUAUUCAUAAUCAAAUCAGUCAAUGGGCUGCUGAAACUAAAUAUGAAUUACAAAUGCAUGCACAAACUGUUCAAGGUGAUUGGGUACUUAUUCUUAAUCAAUACAGUCAAAAUAUUGAUUUCAGUGUUAAAACAAUGAGCACAAUGUUUGAACGAUUAGCACAAGAUUUAAUGAAAAAUCUUGUUGAAACAGCUCUUAGCGUUGUUCCCAAUGCAUUAGCUAUUGUUGAAAAUAUCAAACAACAAGGUCUUCUCUCAUUUUUAAAUCAUUAA